AUGUCGAUCGAAUCGGCAACGGCGUUGCAGAUGGAUAACCUAUCCCUCAACGCUGUACCGGAGGCCGAGUUCUCUCAGUGUUUGCCGAUUCUUCCUCAAGAGAUGGUCAGAGAGAUAUUAUUGAGGCUCCCCGUGAAAACCCUAUUGAAAUUCCGGUCUGUUUGCAGAUCAUGGCUAUCUUUAAUCUCCAGUUCAGAAUUCAUGAAAACUCAUCUCAAAAUUUCGAGUUAUAACAGUAUAUACUCCCAUAAUAAACUAAUUCUGGGACGUUCCUCUAAUUCUCUGGAUCUCUAUACUUUUCCCCUAUACGAUCAAACAGGAGAUUUGGCAUCUAUGGAUACUGUUCCUCUUGAUCAUCCUUUAUUUGAACCCGUCAGUAUGCUACGGAUUGUAGGUUCUUGCAAUGGGUUGGUGUGCCUAGUUUUGGGUCUAAAUACUGUAAUUAUUUUGAACCCAGCAACAAAAAAGUCUCGAGAAUUACCCAUUUCUAGUACCAGUGUAUUUGAUACAGAAUACGGGUUUGCUUAUGAUGAAUCUAAUGAUGAAUACAAAGUUGUAGAAUCUGGUUGGACAAUUGCUGAUAUGGAUGAAAUUAAAACCCAUGUCAAGGUGUACAGUUCAAAAACCGAUUCAUGUAGAUUCAUUGAUGGUCCUCCUGGAUUCGUAUUCAUUGGCUGCGGUGUAUUUGUGAAUGGAGCUAUCUUCUGGAAAGUGCUAUACCCCAGAAAUAACCCAAGGAAUUGGUAUAUUGUGGCACAGGAUAUUAAAACAGAGAGAUUCGAAUUGUUAGACAAACCCAAGUAUGAAAAAGGGGUUGUCAAUGCAUUGCUGAUGGUUUCAGGAGGGAGACUUUGUGUGUGUUUGAGUUACCAGACACAAUUAGAUAUAUGGGUUUUGGGAGAAAAUGGCGAUGGAGAAUAUUGGACUAAACUGGUUCGAGUUCCAUACACUUUGGAUAUCAGCAAUCAUCGUUAUAUUAGGCCAAAUACUUUGCUUAUAUCAGAAAAUGGUGGGGUUCUAUUGAGCUAUGGAUCAGAUAUCUUGAUGUAUGAGCCAAUGCAGACUUGUGAGAUUCAUACCUUACGCGAUAAUAUUGAAUUUGAAGCCGCUACCUACACAGAAAGCUUUGUUUCGCCUGAAUUUUGGACAUGA